AUGAAAACUUCAGAAGAGGAAGCUGUGAGUGACAAGAAUGAGAAGGCUGAAGAAGAUGCGUCAUCAAAAAAUGACUGGUUUUCUUUUGGUUCGUCCUGGAGUACUGAAUGGUUAAAGUCGGCAAGAGAAAAAACUUUUAACACAUUGGAACUGGUUAGAAAAGAUCUUAGCGAAUUUGGUGAUGCUUUUGCAUCAGAAGCUACUGCCAUAGCUGCAAAUACUGUCGAAAGCGUGAAACAGCAGGCACAAAAUAUACAACACAUGGUCAAUCCUGUUUUUGCUGAUGAAGAGAGCAAUUCACCUAAGGAACCUGAAGAAGCAACUGAAGCGCCAUUGGAAGAGGAUGGACAAGGCGUUAACAAUGGUUGGAAAUUGCCGCAAGUAUCAGAUCUUGCUAACAGUUCUUGGAUGAAGACGUUGGUGAAAACAGUGAAGAGUAUCGCUCAAGAAGAUACUACGAAGGAAGAGGAAGAGAACACUGAAGUCAUUUUGCCAAAAACCUCUCAGGGAAAAGAAAAGUGCACUUUACCCAAUGAUCUACUGUAUAGCAUUCAAACAAGUAGGCAUACUUAUUUGAAUCCUCCUGAAGGUGAUGAACAGCUAUUUUUAAUGUGGUUAGAAGUUUUCGAUAUUGAUGUGUAUGACCGAGAGAUAAAUAAUCUAUUAAGUAAUUGUCCACUAAUGCGAGAACUUUAUCAGGAAUUGGUUCCGUCAAAAGUCUCAAACGCAGAUUUUUGGGAGCGAUAUUUCUACAAGGUUCAUCAAACAAGCUUAAUUGAACGUUGUAAGGAAGUUGAAUUGGACGAAAGUUUUUCUGCUCCGGCAGGUAAAGACGCAAAGGUGGUAGAAGCAGAAAAAAAUUCUGGCGAGCAUGGGAGUCCUGAUCAUCAUUCAAAUAAUGACGAGACUUGGAGUCUGUGUUCUAGUACUGAAAUUGAGACUCAGGAAAUACCUGAAUCGCAAGAUGAUGGAACUUUGACGCCCAAAGCAAAAGCUUCACCCAAAGCAGAAGUUUUAGACACGGCUAAAAAUGAUGACGGUUGGGUCGAUUGGGAAGAUUAA